UGUCUGUCAUUUUCGCGUUAACAUGUAUCUCUGAUUUGUUUCCGUCCACAAAUUUGAUUUCUUAGUUUGCUGUAACAUGAUGUGUACUUGAUACACCGGCCAGAAUUCCUCUUUACAGGAGUCAUCUGCCAGAAGAAAUUUCGUACAGUAUUCAACUUUCUUCUCUUUUUCCAUUUUUCAGUUACCCAUAUUUCCCAAAUUACAAAUACGAGGAUGCAAAGUCGAUGUGGAACUCAAAGUUCGCUCUCGGCAUGACACUUCGACAUAAGUUAUGUCCUAGCUCUUAAAUAUAAACCAAAAAUGAGUUAGGGUUAUGAUUGCUUAGCGGUUUGGAUUAUGAUAGAUUGUGGAUUCAAUCUAUUUGAAAAAUAUCUUAAUACCAAUAAAAUAAAUAAAAAAAUAAAAGAGACGAGAUCACCAAAAUAAUGCCACCGAUGAGCUUAGUAUGUGGAUGGGAUGCCCUAGAGAGAGAGAGAGAGAGAGAAAUGUGGGAGCCUGUCUUAAAGACAAGGACAUGGUCCCCCUGGAACCAUGUUUGAAGGGUCUCAGAGGUCAAGUCCCCCCAGGAGUUUGGAGACAGUUAGGCUGGAGGGACUUAGGGUUGGCUUUCACGGGUAAUUUUACAUUUGAACCCUCUGGAGGUUACGGAUAGAGCAAGUUGUCAAGGACUAGGAGUGAGAAAAUAGGGGCUUGGUGGUAAUUUUCCAUACUGUCAUCCUGAUCAAAGACUCCCCCUAAACGGAAGGCUUUCCUUUUCCUAAUCUGGCCAACGCUUUUGCUAUUUUGGGCAUUCUUGCAUUCUACUGACUAGUAUAUAAACAAAGGUCAUGGCUUUGUGAGUUCGAUCUGUUGGAGAGAGAGAGAGAGAGAGAGAGAGAGAGAGAGAGAGAGAGAGAGAGAGAGAGAGAGAAUGGCAGAAUCAUCGAUGGAAGCCGAAGAGGCGAGGCAGAAGAAGAUUGAGGAUUGGCUUCCGGUCACUUCUUCUAGGAAUGCCAAAUGGUGGUACUCAGCUUUCCACAAUGUCACUGCCAUGGUUGGGGCUGGUGUCCUCAGCCUUCCGUAUGCCAUGUCUGAGCUUGGAUGGGGUCCUGGUGUGGCUGUCAUGCUUCUGUCAUGGAUCAUCACCCUAUACACACUGUGGCAAAUGGUAGAGAUGCAUGAAAUGGUGCCGGGGAAGCGGUUCGAUCGGUACCACGAGCUGGGACAGUAUGCCUUCGGGGAGAAGCUGGGGCUCUGGGUUGUGGUGCCCCAACAGCUCGUUGUGGAAGUUGGUGUCAAUAUUGUCUAUAUGGUCACAGGGGGAAAAUCAUUGAAGAAGUUCCAUGAUGUGAUUUGCCCUAGCUGCAAAGACAUCAAACUCACCUUAUGGAUUUUUAUUUUUGCUUCUGUCCACUUCGUUAUCUCCCACCUCCCCAACUUAAACUCCGUCUCUGGUAUCUCACUUGCCGCUGCAGUCAUGUCCUUGAGUUACUCAACGAUUGCAUGGGGAGCUGCCAUACACAGGGGGAAGGCACCGGAUGUGGACUACAGCUACAAAGCUAAAUCCAAUUCCGGAGCUGUCUUCAACUUCUUUAGUGGCUUGGGAGAAGCAUUUGCCUAUGCCGGCCACAAUGUCGUUUUGGAGAUCCAAGCAACGAUUCCUUCCACACCCGAGAAGCCUUCCAAGGGACCAAUGUGGAAAGGAGUGGUUGUGGCAUACAUUGUGGUGGCUUUGUGCUACUUCCCUGUUUCUUUUGUUGGCUACUAUAUUUACGGAAACACUGUUGAAGACAACGUCCUCAUCUCACUCGAAAAACCUGUCUGGCUAAUUGCAGCGGCUAACAUGUUUGUUGUGAUCCAUGUCAUUGGAAGCUACCAAGUUUUCGCAAUGGGAGUUUUUGACAUGGUUGAAACUUUUCUCGUCACGAAAAUGAACUUUGAGCCUUCUUUCACCCUUCGCUUCGUUACUCGCACGACAUAUGUUGCAUUUACCAUGGUCGUCGGUAUGGCCAUCCCUUUCUUUGGUGGCCUUCUCGGAUUCUUUGGAGUUGCUUUUGCCCCAACUACAUACUUCCUUCCCUGCAUCAUGUGGCUCGCCAUCUACAAACCUAGAGUUUUCAGUCUAUCUUGGUUCAUAAACUGGACAUGCAUUAUACUGGGAGUUACCCUGAUGAUUCUAGCACCCAUCGGUGCCCUACGGAGUAUCAUCUUGCAAGCGAAAACCUACAAAUUCUUCUCUUAAAUUGCAAAUUUUACCUGCAGCAAAACAUUCAUCUCUACUCAUAUUCAAAGCUCGAAGUUAGACAGAUAUGAUGACUGUUGCUUGACCACCAAGGCAACCCUUCAGCGUUUCUGGAUUAACUGACUUUUGGUUCCGUCCGACGAUCACGAUGGGACUUGAGACAAGGGCGACCUCCUCUUGGAGAGUUCUUGCAGAAUAAUCAUGUCUAAAUAGUAUUUGUUUAAUUCGUUAAUCGUUUAUGUAAACACAACGCUAUGGAAAAAAGAAACGAAAAAAGGAAUUAGAUUACUUGGUCUGCAAGCAUUGUUCAACAUGCAGUAGAGAUAUUUCUACAA